CUACACUAUAAUCACCUGUUUACGUUUUGUAAAUGUUUCCGGCAGUUAUACGAGGCGUCGCGGGUGCGUCACGGCCUGAUGACCCUCGGCCCGAGCGGAGCCGGAAAGACGACCGCCAUUAACAUCCUCAUGCGCGCCAUGACAGAGUGCGGCGCUGCUCACAGAGAGAUGAGGAUGAACCCCAAAGCCAUCACCGCGCCCCAGAUGUUCGGCCGUCUGGACGCCGCUACCAACGACUGGACCGACGGGAUCUUCUCCACCCUGUGGAGGAAAACUCUCAGAACUAAAAAGGGAGAAAACAUCUGGAUUGUGCUGGAUGGGCCAGUAGACGCCAUCUGGAUCGAGAACCUGAACUCGGUGCUGGACGACAACAAAACUCUGACCCUGGCGAACGGUGACCGGAUCCCUAUGUCCCCGAGCUGUAAGCUGGUGUUUGAGGUGCACAACAUGGACAAUGCUUCUCCCGCUACCGUCUCCAGAGUGGGCAUGGUGUUCAUGAGCUCCUCCGCUCUCAGCUGGAGACCCAUUCUGCAGGGCUGGACCAACAAGCGCAGUGCUCAGGAAGCUGACAGCCUGAUGAGCCUGUAUGAUAAGAUAUUUGAAGAUGCUUAUAUAUUCAUGAAACAAAACCUCAAGCCAAAAAUGCAGCUCUUGGAGUGCAACUACGUUAUGCAGUCGGUAAACCUGCUGGAGGGUCUGAUUCCUCCUAAAGAUGCUGGAGGCACGUUGAGCAGCGAGCACCUGGAGCGCCUCUUCGUGUUCUGCAUGAUGUGGAGUCUGGGAGCUCUGCUGGAACUGGAUGACCGGGACAAGAUGGAGCUGUUCGUUCGCUCUCAUGAAAGCAAGCUUGACCUGCCACCGACAGAGCCUGGCCAGACCAUGUUCGAGUACAUGGUCAAUCAGAACGGUGACUGGGAUCACUGGAGUAAAUACGUCGUGCAGUACGUCUACCCCACAGACUCGGCACCAGACUACACGUCCAUUCUCGUUCCCAACGUGGACAACACCAGAACGAGCUUCCUGAUUGAGGCCAUCGCAAAACAGCGCAAGGCUGUUCUCCUCACCGGUGAACAGGGGACUGCCAAGACGGUCAUGAUUAAGGCCUACACGAAGAAAUACAACCCUGAGAUGGAUCUGUUCAAAUCCAUGAACUUCUCCUCCGCCACGGAGCCGAUCAUGUUCCAGCGGGCAGUAGAGAGUUACAUAGAGAAGCGGCUGGGCAGCACAUACGGACCCCCCGGCAGACGGAGACUGACCGUUUUUAUUGAUGACAUCAACAUGCCUGUCGUCAAUGAAUGGGGAGAUCAGAUCACAAAUGAAAUAGUGCGUCAGACGAUGGAGAUGUCGGGCAUGUACAGUCUGGAUAAACCCGGUGAUUUCACCACCAUAACAGACGUUCAGAUGAUGGCCGCCAUGAUCCAUCCCGGCGGUGGCAGGAACGAUAUUCCUCAGAGACUGAAGAGACAGUUCACAGUGUUUAACUGCACGCUUCCGGCCAACUCCUCCAUCGACAUGAUCUUCGGAAUUAUUGGCUGUGGAUAUUUCCAUCAGUGUCGAGGAUUUACACCAGAGAUCUCUGACACUGUACAGCGUCUCGUACCCGCUUCCCGGAUUCUCUGGCAAUGGACCAAGGGGAAGAUGUUGCCCACUCCAUCAAAGUUUCACUACUUCUUCAACCUAAGAGAUCUGUCCAGGAUUUGGCAGGGCAUGCUGAAGAUCAGAGCAGAAGAGUGUGAGACAGUCGCCACCCUCCUGUCCUUGUUCAAGUGUGAAUGCACUCGAGUCAUCGCAGACCGGUUUGUGUGUGAGGAGGAUAAGCACUGGUUCGAGAAGUCUAUAGCCCAGGUCAUUCAGGAACACGUGGAUCCUGCUUUGGUGCCACACCUCCACCCCGACCCUUACUUUGUGGACUUCCUGAGAGAGGCUCCAGAGCCUACAGGAGAGGAGGCUGAUGACGCCUGUCUCGACGCUCCCAAAAUCUAUGAACUGGUGCCGGACUUCCAGUUCCUGUCGGAGAGACUGCGGUUCUAUCAGAGCCAGUAUAACGAGGCUGUUCGGGGCUCACAUCUGGACCUGGUCUUCUUUACUGAUGCCAUGACCCACCUCAUCAAGAUCUCCCGCAUCAUCAGGACCGAUGGAGGAAGCGCUCUGCUGGUGGGAGUGGGAGGGUCGGGCAAGCAAAGCCUUUCACGGCUCGCGUCGUACAUCGCCGGUUACAGGAUAUUCCAGAUUACACUCACUAGAACCUAUAACAUCAGCAACCUGAUGGAUGACCUGAAAGUGCUGUUCAGAACGGCCGGCGCUGAAGGAAAAGGCGUCACGUUCAUCUUCACGGACAACGAGAUAAAAGACGAGGCCUUCCUAGAGUACCUUAACAAUGUUUUGUCAUCUGGAGAGGUCUCGAACCUUUUUGCUCGUGAUGAACUGGACGAGAUAACACAGAAUCUCAUCCCCGUAAUGAAAAAGGAGACGCCCCGAGUGCCGCCCACCUUUGAUAAUCUGUAUGAAUACUUCAUCUCCCGGGCCAAAAAGAACCUCCAUGUGGUGCUGUGUUUUUCCCCGGUGGGGGAGAAGUUCCGCUCCCGCUCUCUGAAGUUCCCCGGACUGAUAUCCGGAUGCACCAUGGACUGGUUCACCCCGUGGCCGAGUGAAGCCCUGAUGGCCGUGUCCCAGUAUUUCCUCUCGGACUUCCACAUGGUCUGUUCGCCUGAGGUGAAGACUGCGGUGGUCCAGACUAUGGCCGUCUAUCACGACAGAGUCUCCUCCACCUGCGAGAGCUACUUUGAGAGAUUCAGACGAAGGGCCCACGUCACCCCGAAAUCCUACCUGUCCUUCAUCAAUGGAUACAAAACCCUCUAUACAGAGAAGCACACCCACAUCAACACUCUUGUUGAGCGCAUGAAUGUCGGUCUAGCCAAGCUAAUGGAAGCCAGCGAAUCCGUCGCGCAGCUGUCCAGAGACCUGGUGGUGAAGGAGCAGGAGCUGGCGUUGGCCUCGGCCCGAGCCGACAAGGUCCUCAAGGAGGUGACUGUGAGCGCCGAGGCCGCCUCUGUGGUCAAAAACGAGGUGCAGGUGGUGAAGGAUAAAGCGCUGAAGAUCGUGGAGGAAAUCGAGAAGGAAAAAGGUGUGGCAGAGCUGAAGCUGCAGGCGGCUGAACCUGCACUCAUGAAAGCUGAGGCGGCUUUAAACACCAUCAAACCGGCCGAUAUCGCAACAGUGAGGAAACUGUCCAAGCCACCACAUUUAAUCAUGAGAAUUAUGGACUGCUGUCUGCUUCUCUUCCGCAAGAAGCUGGACCCCGUCGUCAUGGAUCCAGAGAGGCACUGCCUUAAGCCCUCCUGGAGCGAAGCCAUGAAGCUGAUGAGCGGCGGCGGCUUCCUGACGUCACUGCAGCAGUUUCCUAAGGACACGAUAACCGAAGAGACGAUGGAGCUGCUGGAGCCGUACUUCCAGAUGGAGGAUUACACGCUGGAGAACGCCAGUAAAGUGUGCGGAAACGUGGCGGGUCUGCUGUCCUGGACACAGGCUAUGGCCACCUUCUUCAGCAUCAACAAGGAGGUGCUGCCACUGAAGGCUAAUCUCAGCGUUCAGGAGAACAGGCUAACGGCAGCUAAUAAGGAACUGGCUAACGCUCAGGCCCAGCUGGAUGAAAAGCAGGCAGAGCUGGACAUGGUGCUGGCCAAAUUCGAAGCAGCCAUGAAGGAGAAGCAGGAUCUGCUGAACGACGCCGAAUCGUGCAGAAAUAAAAUGCAGACGGCCUCCGCUCUGAUCGACGGGCUGAGCGGGGAGAAAGUGCGCUGGACCGAGCAGAGCAGAGAGUUCACCUCACAGAUCAGCAGGCUGGUUGGAGACGUCCUGCAGCUGACCGGCUUCCUGUCCUACUGUGGUCCGUUCAACCAACAGUUCCGUAACAUGCUGCUGAAGGAGAUCUGGGAGGCCGAGCUCACGAAGAAGAACAUUCCCUUCACUGAAAACCUGAACCUGAUCUCCAUGCUGGUGGACCAGCCCACAAUCAGCGAGUGGAAUCUGCAGGGCCUUCCGGGUGAUGACCUGUCGGUGCAGAACGGCAUCAUUGUCACCAAAGCUACCCGCUUCCCCCUCCUCAUCGACCCCCAGACUCAGGGCAAGGCUUGGAUCAAGAAGAAGGAGAAAGCCAACGAGCUCCAGGUCACGUCUCUGAAUCACAAGUACUUCCGCACCCAUCUGGAGGACAGCCUGUCCCUGGGUCGCCCUCUGCUCAUCGAGGAUGUACCCGAGGAGCUGGACCCAGCGCUGGAUAACGUGCUGGAGAAGAACUUCAUCAAGUCUGGAUCCUCCUACAAGGUUAAAGUCGGAGACAAAGAGAUCGACGUGAUGGACGGCUUCCAACUCUACAUCGCCACCAAGCUGCCCAACCCGUCCUACACGCCCGAGGUCUGUGCCAAAACCUCCAUCAUCGACUUCACCGUGACCAUGAAGGGCCUGGAGAACCAGCUGCUGGGCAGAGUCAUCCUGACCGAGAAAUACGAACUGGAGGCUGAGAGGCUGAAUCUGAUGCAGGACGUCACGGCCAACAAGAGGAAGAUGAAAGAGCUGGAGGAUAAUUUGCUUUACAAGCUCAGCACCACAAAAGGCUCUCUGGUCGACGACGAGUCCAUGAUCGGGAUCUUGAGAGUCACUAAGGAAACAGCAGCGGAGGUGAGCGAGAAGCUCAACGUGGCCACCGAGACGGAGACGAAGAUCCUCGCCGCUCAGGAGGAGUACCGUCCCGCGGCGUCCCGCGGCAGCAUCCUCUACUUCCUCAUCACAGAGAUGAGCAUGGUCAACGUCAUGUACCAGACCUCGCUCGCCCAGUUCCUCAGGAUCUUCGACCUCUCCAUGUCGAGGUCAGAAAAAACCCCCCUGACCCAGAAGCGCAUCGCUAACAUCAUCGACUGUCUGACGUACGAGGUGUUCAGAUACACGGUCCGAGGCCUGUACGAGAAUCACAAGUUCAUCUUCACUCUGCUGCUGGCUCUCAAGAUCGAUCUGCAGAAGGGCAACAUCAAGCACAGCGAGUUCCAGAUUCUUAUUAAAGGUGGUGCCGCCCUGGAUCUCAAAGCUUGUCCUCGUAAACCCUUCCGCUGGAUUCUGGACAUGACAUGGCUGAACCUGGUUGAGCUGAGCAAACUGCCCCAGUUCACCAACAUCAUGAGCCAGGUGUCCCGGAAUGAAAAGGGCUGGAAGGCGUGGUUCGAUAUGGACGCACCAGAGGACGCAGUGAUUCCCGAUGGUUAUAAUGAUUCACUGGAGAUCUUCCACAAAUUACUGCUUAUCAGAUCCUGGAGUCCAGAUCGCACGCUGUCUCAGGCCAGGAGCUACGUAGGGCACGCAUUGGGCGCGAGGUUCGCCCAGUCUGUUAUUCUCAAUCUGGAGGCAACGUGGGGGGAGAGCGACCCUCGUACCCCUCUGAUCUGCUUCCUCUCCAUGGGCUCGGAUCCAACCAACCAGAUAGAAGCUCUCUCCAAGAAACUCAGACUCGAAUGCAGAGCUAUAUCUAUGGGACAGGGACAGGAAGUGCAUGCGAGGAGGCUGGUGCAGAUGUCCAUCGCACAGGGAGGCUGGGUCCUGCUGCAGAACUGCCACCUGGGUCUGGAGUUCAUGGACGAGCUGCUGGACACCGUGAGCACAGUGGAGAACGUUCAUGAGAGCUUCAGGGUGUGGAUCACCACGGAGCCACACGACCGCUUCUCCAUCACGCUGCUGCAGUCCUCCAUCAAGUUCUCCAACGAUCCUCCUCAGGGAGUGAAAGCCGGACUGAAGCGAACGUUCGUCGGGAUCUCUCAGACUCAGCUGGACGUCAGCAACCUGCCCAUGUGGAAGCCGCUGCUGUACAGCGUCGCGUUCUUGCACACGGUGGUGCAGGAACGUCGCAAGUUCGGACCCCUGGGCUGGAAUAUUCCGUACGAGUUCAACUCGGCAGACUUCAGCUCCAGUGUGCAGUUCAUCCAGAACCAUUUGGAUGAGUGCAGUCCCAAAAAGGGCGUGUCGUGGGACACCGUGCGCUACAUGCUGGGAGAGGUGCAGUACGGAGGCAGAGUGACGGACGACUACGACAAACGACUUCUGAACUGUUUUGCACGAGUGUGGUUCGGCGACCGGCUGUUCGAGCCCUCGUUCUGCUUCUACACCGACUACAAUGUUCCCGUGUGUAAGACGGUGGAGGAAUACCUGGAGUAUAUUCACACUCUGCCCUACGUCGACACCCCUCAAGUGUUCGGUCUGCAUCCCAACGCUGAUAUCACGUAUCAGGGUAACACCUCAGCCGAAGUCCUGGACACCAUCACAAACAUCCAGCCUAAAGAGAGCGCCGGAGGUUCAGGAGAGACGCGAGAGUCGAUCGUCUACCGCCUCGCCCAGGACAUGCUGGAUAAACUCCCUCCCAACUACGUACCUCAUGAGGUGAAAGCCAGGCUGGUGAAAAUGGGAGCCCUGACCUCCAUGAACAUCUUCCUGAGGCAGGAGAUCGACCGCAUGCAGAGGGUCAUCAGCGUGGUCCGGACUAGCUUGAUCGAUCUCAAGUUGGCCAUUGAGGGCACCAUCAUCAUGAGUGAGAGCCUCAGGGACGCGCUGGACAACAUGUUCGACGCUCGAGUCCCAAACCUGUGGAAGAAGCUCUCCUGGGAGUCGUCCACCCUGGGGUUCUGGUUCACCGAGCUCCUGGAGAGAAACGCUCAGUUCCAUAGCUGGCUGUUCGAUGGGAGGCCCAAAACAUUCUGGAUGACCGGAUUCUUCAAUCCCCAGGGUUUCCUCACAGCGAUGAUGCAGGAGGUGACGAGGGCACACCGAGGCUGGGCGCUGGACACCGUCACUCUACACAACGAGGUGUUAAAGCAAACCAAGGAGGAGAUCACCACCGCACCCACGGAGGGCGUGUACGUGUACGGCCUCUAUCUGGACGGAGCCGGCUGGGACCGCAAGAACUGCUGUCUCGUCGAGGCCACGCCCAAAGUGCUGUUCACCCCUCUCCCCGUGGUGCACAUAUUCGCCAUCAACUCCACCGCCCCGAAAGACCCCAGACUGUACGUCUGCCCCGUCUACAAGAAACCCCGGCGCACCGACCUCACCUACAUCACCGGAAUCGUGCUGCGUACGGUGCAGCCCCCCGACCACUGGAUCCUGCGCGGUGUCGCCCUGCUGUGUGAUAUCAAAUAAUCGCACCAACACACACACACACUGACCCACACACGCGUUCCGUUUCUUUGUUCUUUAUUCAAUUCAGUUCAUGGAAAAAUAUUUUAAUUGUUAUUAAAAGGUUCAGGUUCUUGUUCAGCAUUAAAAAUAAAAAAAAUAUGAGUUUAUCUUCACUAAA